AUGAUCGUGGUGCUGGCUUUACCGAUACUUUCAAAUGGACUACAAUUUACUUGUAUUCAGUGUAUUGUGAGCAUUAUAUCCGCAAUGUUUAUAUUAAAGUUGUCGAUGUGGGCGAAAAAGAUUUAUGCGAUUAGAAUUAAUGAGAAGAAUUCGAAUAAAAAGGAGAAUCAAAUCGAUUCAUUUUUCUCGACGCUUUCCCAUAUUCGGAAUUCAAUCGUGUUACCACGUGAUCACACUCGGUAUCAUCAAAUAACAUCUUCGGGACAAAUCACACCACCAAUAACAUAUGAUUCACAUGACAAUACCCAAUUAUUACUUCCAACGAAAACAUAUCUUGCCAAAUUUAUCGUAAAGCGCUUACACAUCUUCUUUGGAAAAUGGCUGCUUUAUGUAUCACUAGCAACAAUUGUUGAAAACUUUCAACCGAAAACUUAUGAGAAAUUUUAUAUAUAUCGAGUAUUGGGACUUUUUCGAAAUGUGAUCUUUGGUGAUAAUAAAGGAGAUUCAAGUAUCACGUCCCAUGAAUUACUAUGGCAUUAUUUGUGUAGUGGAGUUUUGUAUUUAUCAAUGAAUUUCACGUAUGAAGCUAUUUUAUUAAAUUCGGCAUUAAUUUUGUAUGCGUUACUUCCUGCUGAUCAAAAAGAUUCCACCACAUCAACAACAAUAAUCAAUAAAAAUACACCCACAAUCGAUAACAUUGCAUCAAAACUACUGCAUUUAUCACCCAAACGACAAAUAGCAAUCCGGGGAUGGUGUACACACAUGGUUUUCUAUUCUCCAACACUUUUCAAUAAUCCAGGAUUCUCGAGUUCACCACGUGACCUAUGGUCAAACCGAUGGCACCAAGGCUUCUCAGAGCAAUUCAAACAACUCGCUUUUUACCCAACACAUAAUCUUGUCAUCAAAUUCGGUGGGAAUAAAAAACUUGCUUGUGCGAUGGGUGCCGUUUCUUGUUUUUUAUUAAGUGGACUGAUGCACGAGUAUAUUCUUUACGCGUUUAUAGGAGCUGAAAACAAUACUGCUGGACAUCAAUUUUUAUUUUUUGUGGUUCAUGCGGUGAUGUUUGUUGUCUGGGAAGGAGUUGAAAACACAAUGAGGAGUCAUGGUGGUAAUAAGGAAAAAAAAGAAAUUUGUCAUGAUGUUGCUAAUCGAGAGAAAAAAUCAGGUUGGAUAAAAAUCAUUAUUUGGAACAUUAUUUUAAUUAGUACGCUGCCGUUGUUUAUUGAACCAUACAGGAGACGUACUCAUUGUAUGAUGCAUUUUUAUUGUACUGCUAACUACGUAAGAUCAUAG